UAGUUACCCACCCUCUCCCGAGUGUAACUAUUACCCUCAAAAUGAUUGUAUUAGUUUCUCUUUUUUCACCUAAUACUACACCAUCAUUACAUAAUUUUUCUUACAAUCACAUCAUCGCUAUCUCUCCCUUCCCUAUAUUUACUUUUAUUUUGCUUAAUUUAACUUUUAUUACCUUAAUAAUACAUCUCCCUCACAUGUAAGCCAAGUUUUCCUUUCGACUCGUGUCUCCCAUUCCUAAAUUCACCGGUCAAGAAUUUUCUAGUUUUAUAUUCUCCGUCAACAAAAAAGUCAAAAAAAUUCUGACUCUUCACACAGACCCUCUCUUCUCUUCUCACUUUCCCAUUCCUUAAUCAUUAAUUCCGCCUCUGUUUGUUUCAAAAGCUUCUUUCUUUAUAUACUUCCAUAAACUCUUACAUUACCCUUUCCAAAUUCCCCAAAUUCAGUCUCACAACCCCAAAAAUUCUCCAUUUUAGGGUUCUUCCUCAAUUUUCAAUUUCCUAAAAUGGGUGCUAAAUCCAGUAAAGGUCCAAACAAUCCAAACCCACCUACAAUCGACGAAAAUACAAAUACCCAGAUGAACAAUUUCAAUAACACUGGUGAAUUAAGCUCGUAUUUACAGGCUUGUCAAUUAGACCCAGAUGUUCAAGUCUUCGAUUCUCACCUCCAUGAACGAACUACUAACAUCAUCAAUUCACUUGCUAAAAAUAGCAAUGAUUCAGCUGAAGAAGAUGGUGGAUUUGAGGUUCAUUCUGUAUCUCUUGAUUCUCUUCGACAAGUUGCUGGUUGUUUAAUUGAUAUGAAUCAAGAAGUUGUUAGGGUUAUUUUAGAAUGUAAGAAAGAUAUUUGGAAUAAUCAGGAAUUAUUUGGUUUAGUUCAAGAUUAUUUUGAGUAUAGUGUUCAAACCCUUGAUUUUUUUACUGCUCUGGAUAAAUGUCUUAAAAGGGUUCGUGAUCGUCAGUUGAUUAUUCAAGUUGCAUUGCUUCAAUUAGAGGAUAAUAUUGGUGAUGAAAAUAGGGAUUAUGGUAAAAUUUUGCAGGAAUUGAGGAAUUUUAAGGAAGCUGGUGAUCCUUUUACUGCUGAAUUUUUCAGUAUGUUUCAAGCUGUUUAUAAACAGCAGGUUGUCAUGUUUGAGAAAUUGCAGCUUCGAAAACAUAAGCUUGAUAAGAAAUUGAAAUCGUUGAAGGUUUAUAGAAAGGUGUCUAACAUUAUAUUUGCGGCCACUUUUAUUUCGGUGAUCAUUUGUUCUGUUGUUGCUGCUGCCAUUUCGGCCCCUCCAUUGGUUUCGGCUUUGGCUGCUGCUGCUUCUGCUCCGAUGGGAGGGAUUGGGAGGUGGAUGAAUUCGUUGUGGAAGAAGUAUGAGAAUGAAUUGAAGAAUCAGAGGGAGUUGAUUAAUUCAAUGCAAGUUGGGACUUACAUUACAAUUAAGGACUUGGAUAGUAUACGGAUUCUUGUUGAUAAGUUAGAGGUUCAGGUUGAAUCAAUGUUGGCACAUACUGAAAUCGCGCUUACUCAAGAGGGGGCUGUUUCUGCGGUGAUAGAGGAGAUUAAGAAGAAGCAGGCCGAGUUUUUGAAGGCAAUUGAUGAGCUAGGGGAGCAUGGAAAUAAGUAUAGUCGAGAUAUAAGAAGAGCUAGGACAGUGAUCCUGCAGAGGAUUAUCAAGCAUCCUAAUGAAGAUUGAAUCACUCUUGUUUCAGCUGUUUGUUGUAACAUUAUUAUUUAUCAUUAAAUCCCAUGUUGGUUGUGUGAUUUCGAAGAAUGAAGUAUCAAAUUAGACAUCGUUGCUAAUAAUUGAGAUGUAGGAUUUUGUGGCCAUUGCCAUCUUUCUUGCAGGCUUUGCAGCUGCUGUUUGUGAGAUAUGGAGAUAGUUUCAAUUGAUGUGUGUUGUAGUCUAAAUUAAGUUUACAGCAAUACAUUAAAAAUGUAUACUAUUUGGAAGCACAUUUAUUAAGCUUCAUGAUUGUUGUUUUACAUUAGCUUUGGCAUCGAAAAAUGUUAUCGAUCUGCUUCAUCAUUUUUCCUUCAGUAAGAUGCAUUUUUCAUGUUGAUUAUGAACAACA